UCCUCCCCCUCUGCUUUCCUCUGCUCUCGAGGUGCUGAAACGUCGCCUCUCUCGUUUCAGCGCAAGCAACUAUGGCUGAAAUAAAGACGGGCAUAUUUGCCAAAAACGUCCAAAAAAGGAUCAGUCGUGCGCAAGAAAAGGUUCUGCAGAAGUUGGGAAAGGCAGAUGAGACAAAAGAUGAACAGUUUGAGCAGUGUGUGCAGAACUUCAAAAGACAGGAGUCUGAAGGUGUGAGACUACAGAGGGAGAUGAAGGCUUACAUAGCAGCUGUGAAAGCGAUGCAGCAAGCUUCUAUGAACCUGACAGAGUCAUUACAUGAAGUAUAUGAGCCUGAAUGGUAUGGCAAGGAUGACGUCAUGACCAUUGGAAAGAACUGUGAUGCUCUAUGGGAGGACUUUCAUGAGAAGCUUGUCGACUCUACACUUAAUGCACUGGAAAUGUACCUGACACAGUUCCCAGAUCUUAAGACGCGGGUAGCGAAGAGAAGCAGAAAGUUAAUUGACUAUGACAGUGCGAGGCACCAUCUUGAGACCCUGCAGGCUACUACAGUGCGGAGCGAGAAGAAGAUAGCUAAAGCAGAGGAGGAUUUGAAAAAGGCCCAAAGGGUUUUUGAUGAUCUGAACGUUGGCCUGCAGGAUGAGCUGCCCACACUCUGGGACAGUCGUGUUGGGUUCUAUGUAAGCACCUUCAAGAACGUCUCAGGCCUGGAAGCCAAAUUUCAUAGGGAGAUCUCUUUUCUCUGUCACAAGCUGUAUGAAGUGAUGAAUAAACUCGCUGAGCAGCACUCUGAUAAAAUGUUCACCAUUCAAGGCGCACCCAGUGACUCUGGACCACUGCGAUUAGCGAGGACUCCCACCCCUCCUGACGAUGACAGUUCAGACAGCAGCCCAGCUGCCAGCCCCAACCACACACUGAGGCCCACAUCCCCUGGCCCACCUCGACCCAAAUCACCUUCACAAGUAGGGCCCGAAAUACACCAGAUAUUUCUCAAGAUGGGACCUCCAAAACCUCCUCCUCCAAAAGCUACUCCAACCAGAGAGCUACACCAGGAGCAGAUAAUCGACCUUUUCGAUGGAGGCUUUCCUGAGAUCAGUGUUACAUCACCACAGCCAAAUGAGAAACCUGUAGAAUCUCUUCUGGACAUGGAUUUUGAUCCAUUCAAGCCUGAUGCCAAUGCACAUAUCGGGCAAACCCAGUCACCCAUGUCUCAGGCAUUAUCUUGGGACCUUUGGACGGAAAAUGCUGAGCCUGCACAGCCUGCUGCAGAUGCUGGCUUUACUGCCAACUGGGCAGCUGACUUUGGCUCUCCAGCCACAACGGGUGCAGAGGAAUCUGCAAAUGUUCAGCCGGCAGUGGAUGGACAGGGUUGGCCACCUGCAGAUGGCUGGCCUGCAGCAGAAGCACCACAGACUCAGGGAGAGGCAGUCACAGAUGAGGUGUCCAACACUGCUUUAAGUGGAUUUUCUAAGACGGAUGCAGCAUUCCCAACAUUUGCAGUUGACUUCAAUAAGAUGUCUGAGGCUGAGGCCCCAGAGGCUGAUGUACCUGAAGAUGAAGGUGAAGCGGCUCCAGCCUCAGUACCUGAGGUCCCUGAGGUGUCUGAGAGCCCCGUCACCACCCCACCUACAGACACCCAACCAACAGAGAUCACUACUUCAAGCCCUCCUGCAGAAACAGCCACUAGCCCUGUGGAGUCUCCAGUGUCUGCUGAGACUGAAGCAGCAGAGCAAACUGAGCUCCCAACUGAAGACAUACAAAAGGAGCAACCUGAUCAAGCAUCCCCGGAAUCUCCUCCAAUCCAAGAAACUGAGGAGACACCAUCAGAGACAACUCUGGCUACUGCAGAAGAUAAAGAGUCUCCCAUUGAAGAGACUCCGAUCCAGAGAAGACUCGAGCCACUGUUUCAGCUAAAUCAGAUUGUACCAACCAUAGAUGCCAAAGUGGAGGAAGAGGCCAGUUCAAUAGAUGCCAAACCAGGAGAACCUGAUAGUGUUGAGUCCAAACCAGAAGAUGAACCAGAUAAUGUUGAGACCCAACCAGGAGAUGUUCCUGAUAAUACUGAGUCCAAACCAGAUGUUCCUGGUAAUGUUGAGCCCCAAUCGUGGGAUGAAACCAGUAAGGAAAGUGCUGCAAACAAUGGGAAAGAGGAGGAGAAGAUGCCCAUCCCAUCAGUUGUUAUUGAACCUGCCUCUAGCAAUGAGGGUGAUGAUGAUCGUGAUGGUGAUUUCACAUCUCCGAUAGCAGCAAGCGGUAACGGAGUGAUACCAGAAUGCUCGACACCUGAAGACGUCCCCUCUGGAAUGCCCCGUGGCUUUCUUUUCAAGGUUGAAACAUUGCAUGAUUUUGAAGCGGCAAACCCAGAUGAGCUGGAGUUGAAGAAAGGAGACAUUGUUUUGGUAGUACCCACAGAACAUCCUGAAGAUCAGGAUGCCGGUUGGCUCACUGGUAUGAAAGAGAGCGAAUGGUUACAGCUGGGUACCUCGGCUCACAAAGGACUGUUUCCUGAAAACUUUACACAGCGUCUGGAUUAAACAACAACAUUAGCGGCACACGGAUCUGGACAUUUGCAGACAGACCUGCCCAACAGGAAGUCUGACGUACUGAUGACAGCUGUCAAUCAGACCUGGAAAUAACACGUAAAAGGAAAUAAUGAAGCAAGUGGAGAUACGAAUAACAAAUAACUACUCAGAAAAUAUCUAAGCAUGACGUGAUAGUAUGGUCAACCCUUCUCGCGAAACCAAGAUAUCCUUGUUUUUGUUUGUUUAGCUGUGAACAGCAACGAAUUGAUGUGUGCUUUGUUGGAUCUCUGGUGACCUCCACAUGUAAUCUCUGUCUGAUCUAAAGUGAAAGUUUCCCCUCUGACGACAAAAAAUACCUUCUCCUCUCUGCACCAAGUGUGUUGUAUUGACUUUGUUGCCCUGCGGCGGAUUUGAUCAGAAUUUGUAGUGAUAUGAUCUAUUUAACCAUUCUAAGUGUUACGCGAAACUUAGGUGUUUUCUUUCGGAUAUAAAUGUUACAUUGCAUCAUUGUUAGUGUUCUCUGUAGUUUCACGGCUGGCCGUGCGCGGCUCUGGUGGUGGUAUUUGGCAUACUUGAUAUUGUUUUCGGACAAGACUUUUAGUGUUUAUGCCAAAUUCAUUGAAGAAAAUGGAUAUCUGUUCAGUUUAUAGCAUGAAAAAAAAUGUUCUGAGAUGAAAUCUGAAAUAUUGCACCUGGCAAAUUCAGCUUUGCGAAACACAAAAUGUAGCGGCCUACAAUAUGUGUAUUAUAUUCACAGUUACAUUUAUUCAGAAUUUAUUCUUGAACGGAUGUGGAAAGAUUAAUUUGUGAAUGCUGUUUCACGAUCGAGGAAAUUGUAUUUAUUUAACUUUAUAUUUUUAAGCCAAUGAAAAGUGGGAACGUUUACGGGGUGGGGAAUCUAAAAAAUAUGCAAUAUAUGUGAUGGCUUGAUAGAGUAGCCAUUGUCAUUACUGUUUGGUUCUGAGACAAAAACAGCAUCACUCUUGUGUUUGUAUUGUUAACCUCACUGUAGAGCAUUUCUGUGAUGUACAUAUCUGUGCUAAUUUAUCUGUAAAGUGAAUAAAGAAUAGUUCAUAUGA